AUGUCAAUCACUUCCAUUGUCACUAGAGUUGAGGGAAUUUUUGAAUAUUUUAUUGAGUUAUUUAUGCUGGAAUGCUCCUUCAUAUGGCUACUUAUGAUUAUUGUCAUUUCUUUGCUGGUCUCUAUAUGCAUUGCAAUGAUUGCUAAAGGAUUAAAAGUCCCUCCACUAUCAAGAGCAACAUCAUUAGAGGAAGAAAAGCAAAAGCAAUCUUCCUCAGAACAUAAUCAAGAUCAACAGGAUGAGCCUCAGCAGCAAAGCCAUGAAAUAAUAGGAGCAUCUUUAGAUGAGGAGCAACAGGAAUCUUCACCUGAUGCUUCAGAGCAGGAACAAGUUCAACAGGAAACCUUCACAUCAACAAAGGGCCAGGAGGAGUGUACAUCUUCAGUAGAACAAAAGGGCACAUCUACUGGAGUACAGCAGCAAAGUACACCAGAGCCAGGUUCACUACAAUACAUUACAAUGAAAGAGAUGUUAGCUGAUCUUGUUGACCUCUUAACAGGAAAUCCUCCAGUUAUUUUAUCGUUAAGUAAUCAUCUCUUUUCUCAUGGUAUCAUACCUCAUGAUGUAUACAAUGCUGUUGCUCACCUUAAUCAUACUCCAAAUGAAAGAGCUACUCAACUCAUCAAUUCAUUAUUGACUAUCAUACAAACUCAUUCUAAUCCUAACAGUGUGUUCUCUUCUCUCAUUACUGCACUACAGAAAGUAGGACUAAAGAACAUGGCAUCUAAACUAAUGGGAAAAUUAAAAACAAAAGGUGGUCAUAUUGAUCCUAAUCUAGAGCAGCAACAACCAACAAUCACUGGAUCACAAUCAUCUACUCCUACUACUGUUAUUGAGCUCAGUUCAAAGAGUGAAGUUGCUACCAAUAUUGGAAGUCUUCAUUCUCGUUUUUCAUCUCUUGAUUCCAAACUGAGAGGAGAAAUUGUAAAAAGAGUACAAAAUGGAGAAGCAGAGCUCAUAGCUAUAGCUAGAAAUGCAGCUGCUUAUUUAAAAAUCCCAGUAUCCAGUUUGAAAUAUGGUGAUGUUGAUGAAUUAUUUGAUUCUCUUCAGCCUCAUUAUGAUUUCUUCAGUUGUGGUGUACUUAAACACUUGACAGACACUUACCUUUCAAAUGCACAAACUGAACUAACUCAAUACAUUGAUAGUGUUGAUAAAUUCUCAGAAUUGUCACAAUUGAAGCACAUACGAUCAACAAUCAAAGAGAAAUUGUCAUCAUUACCACCAGCAGCCUCACCAACCACUAGCAACCAAACAAAACCAGUCGUUAUUAAACUGAAUGACAGAUGGGAAGAAAUGACUUUGACAAAUUUUAAAAGAGUUCUUCAAUACUACUUUGGCCAUGUUGUAACAGAUAUUUUCACUAUAGUGGAGAUUGAUAAAGGAUCAGUCAUUAUUACACUGUUAUUACCAACCUCAGUAUCACAGUCUCUUAUUGAUGAUAUCAAUAACAAAAAAAACUCAAUGAGUAGAUUAGGAAUAUUGGAAGUUGCUAUUGACAAGAAUACAAUUCCUAUCAGAAGAGAAGAUGAUGACAAUUUCAACACUUCACUUCAAGAAUCAGUUAAAGCUGGUGAUAGUUUUGAAGUAUCAAUGCUACUGCAGUUAGGAGCUGAUCCUAACAGUAAAGAUGAGAGAGGAAAGAGUGCAGUAGAGAUAGCUAAUGAAGGAGGACACACUCAAAUAAAAGAAAUACUAUUAACUGGUGGAGGAGAAGAGACUGGAGAGUUAAAAUGGGACAAUUAUAGUUUUUUGCUCAAAAAACCAUCCUCCCGUCAAUCCAACGGGAUAUUUUCCUCUGGCACUCAUCACCUGAUAUUGCGUACUUACUGA